AUGAAAGUUCAUGGUGACUUCGAACUGAGUGAUCGAACACCAUGUGUAGCUGGAGUGACGACAUUUGUAGGAUGUAUACUUUUUUCGAUUGAGACUCAACAGACGAUUGGAUAUGGGACUCGAUCUGUAACUCAACAAUGCACAAGUGGUGUUAUUACUGUGAUGGUGCAAAUGUGGUUUGGUCUCAUUAUUCAAUCGCUCUGGAUGGGUAUCAUCUAUACGAAAUUGGCUCGUCCGAAGAGGCGUCGUCAUACAUUGAUCUGGUCUCGUCAAGCCGUCAUAGGCGUCCGAAACAAUCGUUUGGCUCUUCAAGUUCGUCUUGGCGAUAUCCGGCAUCAUUCCACUUUACUCGAUGCUCAUGUUCGAAUGUAUUUCAUUUCCAAACGUAGCACUAAAAUAAACGAAUCGAUUCCUCUGAAUUUGAUCGAUAUAAAUGUUAGCUCUGAUACUGGUGUAGACCGACUCUUACUUGUCUGGCCUGUGAUUAUCGAACAUCGCAUCGAUCCGAAAAGUCCAUUUUGGUCAAUGGAUAAAAAAACUUUAGAAAAAGCUGACUUCGAAGUGUUAGUUGUCUUAGAAGGUAUAAUUGAAUCAACAGGACUACUAAGCCAAACUAGAACAUCUUAUACGUCACAAGAUAUUGUAUGGGGAGGAAAAUUUGAACAAGUUGUUUAUUAUGAUUCACUCGCGGGAUUGACGAUUAAUUAUUCGAAAUUCAAUUCGAUUACCACGGAUGAUGGCCCUGGUCCACUUUUAGCAACUGAAUUUAACACAAGAUAUUCUGGAGACUAA